UUGGCAAGGCAAGUUUGAAUGAGGAAAUGAAAUUAACAAAUAUCCUUUUAUGCGAAGAAAAUAAAUGGGUAAUCAGAAACUUCAACUACCUACGGGCUUUUAAACGCCUAAUUUUUCUAAGUGAAAUUUAA